AUGUCUAUGACUCUGCUGAAGAAUGUGGAUAACGCUCUGCCUUUGAACAAGGCCCACACACUGAUCUACACCAACUUCACCUUCUCGAACCUGAAGAUUACCCCGCCAGUCGAACUUUCAACCCAUCCGACCGGAAAGCUGUCUGUUGGCGGCUACGAGGAUCUGUGGGGUAUUGUCGCUGGCGCCAGUGUGAUUGAGCAGAACCCUGGGUCUGUUCGUGGUGCCGAUCCUGUUCGCCAAUUGCAUGGACUCAACAACGUGGGUAUCAAGGCUGGGCAGCAUGAGAAUGUCAAAUUUGAACUUCGCCAUCGCGAUAUCUCAUACUGGGAUGUUAAGGCCCAGAAGUGCGCUGUCGCACCUGGAACAUACACAGUCCAUAUCGGUACUAGUUCGAGCGAUCUGAGGCCACAUGGAACCUUCACCGUGCAAACUAAGGGGUGA